AUCUCUUGCCUGUCUGCCCAGUGACUGUGGAGAAAGGGGUCUCCCGGAGUGUUGGGGGGAGGGGCGGGGGCUGGCCGGGACUCGUUCGCUAUGUUCCGUUAUCUGGCAUGAGGCGGAGGGAUCUGGCGGAGGGAGGUGUUUAUGAGGAUCUGGGGGCGGAGGAGGAGAAUUAGUCCGAGGGGAGCGAGCGAGUGGAGCGGUUCUCUGGUCGCGUCUUGGAAACCCGUAGCCCUUGCAGCAUGGCUGACCAACUGACUGAAGAGCAGAUUGCAGAGUUCAAAGAAGCUUUCUCACUAUUUGACAAGGACGGGGAUGGGACAAUAACAACAAAGGAGCUGGGGACAGUGAUGAGGUCUCUGGGGCAGAAUCCCACAGAGGCAGAGCUGCAGGACAUGAUCAAUGAAGUAGAUGCGGAUGGUAAUGGCACAAUUGACUUCCCUGAAUUUCUGACAAUGAUGGCAAGAAAAAUGAAAGACACAGACAGUGAAGAAGAAAUUAGAGAAGCAUUCCGUGUGUUUGAUAAGGAUGGCAAUGGCUAUAUUAGUGCAGCAGAGCUCCGCCAUGUGAUGACAAACCUUGGAGAGAAGUUAACAGAUGAAGAGGUUGAUGAAAUGAUCAGGGAAGCAGACAUUGAUGGGGACGGUCAGGUAAACUAUGAAGAGUUUGUACAAAUGAUGACAGCGAAGUGAAGACACUGUACAGACUGUGUUAAAUUUCUUGUACAAAAUUGUUUAUUUGCCUUUUCUUUGUUUGUAACUUAUCUGUAAAAGGUUUCCCCCUGUCAAAAAAUAUGCAUGUAUAGUAAUUAGGACUUCAUUCCUCCAUGUUUUCUUCCCUUAUCUUACUGUCAUUGUCCUUAAACCUGAUUUUAGAAAAUUGAUCAAGUAACAUGUUGCAUGUGGCUUACUCUGGAUAUAUCUAAGCCCUUCUGCACAUCCAAACAUAGAUGGAGUUGGUCAAAUGAGGGAACAUCUGGGUUAUGCCUUUUUUAAAGUAGCUUUUAGGAAUUGUCAGCAUGUUGUUGUUGAAGUGUGGAGUUGUAACUCUGCGUGGACUGUGGACAGUCAACAAUAUGUACUUAAAAGUUGCACUAUUGCAAAACGGGUGUUUUAUCCAGGUACUCGGACACUAUUUUUUUGUACUGCUGGUAUUGUACCAGAAACAUUUUCUUUUAUUGUUACUUGCUUUUUAAACUUUGUUUAGCCACUUAAAGAAAAUCUGCUUACGGCACAAUUUGCCUCAAAUCCAUUCCAAGUUGUAUAUUUGUUUUCCAAUAAAAAAAAAUUACAAUUUACCCAA